AUGAUGCAAUGUGUCUCGGGCGCUUCAUUCUCUGCAGUCGCCUCCGAUUCCUUCGCUGCAGGCGAAGUCGACGCGGUCAAACAUGCGUCCGACGUGGCGUUAUCUUCUCCUAACUCCCACCCGCUUGGCCCAAGCAGCAGUUCUUCCGCCGACUUAUCCUCGUUCGACCUGCCCAAUCUCGAGUCAGCAGAGCCUUCUCCAGCGGUCGAGCCAGCUGCGGGCAGGCGCUGCUCGCCUGACGGAACGCAAACUUGCUCAGGAAGAUCGAUAACGGGCGACGAUGUCGAAUUCGGCUCGCGUCGCGCCAAAACCGCGCCGCUCGACGCCCAUUCCGCGCAUUCUCGAAGGUUUGGGUCUCGGCGCUCGCUCACAGGCCAGCGGGGAAGCGAGUGGAUCGGCGACGGCACUGUUACUGAAACCAUCAUCCCUGAGCAGCGUGCGCUCAAGCUUGCGCCAGCAGCGGAGCCCUGUUCCCCGGCGGCUGCCGCGGAUCGUCCUGCGCCGACCGUCUCCGUGGGACUGAGUCGCUUGAUGGCGGACUUAUACGGCGGGGAGGAGGACGACUCAGUGGCGGAGGGAGAUCUCUACGGCGCCGCGGUUCUCCCCGCUUCUUCGAGCAAGAGUGCUGGUCGCGCAAGCAUCAGCGGCGGAACCGGCAGUGUCGGCGGAAGCAGCAGGAGGAGCGCGGGGGAAGGAGCUGGGGGGGACGACUAUAUUUCAUACCCGGAAGAUCUAUAUGCCGUGGCGUUUCGAUCUGGACCGCUGCCGCCGAGCCAGUCGCCGGCCGCUUCCUCUCGCGGCUUCGGCGGCGGAGGCGGCGGCGGAGGUGGCUGCGCCCCUGCUAGGUCCCCCCUGUCGCGGAACGCCACGAUGCACAUGGUUCCGAAGCAACGAUCGCGGCGGACGUUUUCCCAGCCGUCGGGAUUCCCGGGUUUCCAUCAGGAUCUGGUGGAAAGCAGCAGCGCGAUCGGCGGAGGCGGUUUCUCUCGACGCUCGUCGACGCAGCCGAAGCUUCGUGCGCCAUAUCCAGAUUUAGCGUUCGCGAGUGAUGUCAGAGCGGGCGGCGGACAGGCUUAUCCAGAAGCAUCUAUUCCUGAAGCGUCUACGCCAGAGAGUCUUUGCCGGGGAGGGUCAAUUCGUACCCCCAGUGGGGGUUCUCAUCGAAAAGGAUCUUUCCGGGGUCGGCCGAGCGAGGAUCUGGCGAGCCGUUGGACGGACGAUUUGACGGGCAUUUGGAACGACAGCAGCUUUAGAGGCCAGGGAGGGCUGAGGCGGCGUGGAAGCGCAAGCGGCGGGGAAUCUGGGGGCGGCGUAAGGACACCGGCGGAAGGUCAUCGGAGAAUUCCGAGCGGAACCAGUUACGAUGGGCGUGAGGCGGGAGAGAUUGACGACGGUUGGAACGGUGGUGGUUCAAGGGAGGGGUUCGGCGCGUGUGCGGUAACGCCAAAAGGUGGCCGUGUCGCGCGCAGGGCCAACGCGAGUCCUCUCACGAGCCCCCACCCCGGCGCGUCGCACGCGAGUCCGCUCGUGUCUCCGCACGCGGGCGUUGACCGCGUUGACUUGUUCCAGCACUACCAGCACAACCGGAACCCUAGAGGUUGGACCAGCCCGCACAUUUCGGCGCUUUCGGGUUCGCAUUCGGGCUCGCUUGCCCCCACCCUAAACCCGGUGGUGGCAGGGGCAGCGCAAACAGAUCAAGCGCGCCGCCGCAGCAUCGAGUUCACUUCCUGGCUCGACGACCUGCAGUUGUAUCUUAUGAGCAAUAGCACGGACCACGUCUCCCUCUAUGACUACGCGUUUGGUGAUGCCGCUGCUCCUGCUGCCACAGCCGAGCUUAGUGUACGUUCCCAGUGGCAGACUCGUGACGCUGCAGCUCGCCUGGCUAUUCGCAGUCACCUGCCGUUCGCUGAGCUAGAGCACUUUGGCGACUGCAAAACCGCUAAGGCCCUGUACGACGCUGUCGUCGCUCGCUACUCCUCACCUGCCACAGCCGAGCUUAGCCGCCUCAUGCUGCCUUACCUGUUCCCUGAGCUGUCCACCUUUGCUACAGUCGCCGAUCUCAUCACCCACCUUCGCACUAGUGACGCUCGCCUGCGUGCCGCCCUUCCCACCGAGUUCUGCGCUAAGAACCCCCCUCCACUGUACUGGACGCUCCAUUUCAUAGUCACCCGUCUCCCUGACACCCUCAGCUCAGUCCGAGACUACUUCCUUGCCCGCUGUCCCACUGAGCUCACAGUCGCCCUCCUAGAGGAGAAGCUGCUAGCAGCCGAGAAGAGCAUUGUAGCUGUAGGUGCUGCUCGUGGCGCUCCUCGCACCCCCAUCUUUGAGGGGUGUUCUCCCUCUCCCCUCGCUCCCUCCUACGCUACUGCUGCUGCUGUUGACCUCCUUGGUGCUGAGUCUGCUGGCGCUGCUUCUGCUCCUGGUGGGAGGCGCCGCACCGGCAAGGGCAAGGGGGACAAGGGUGGCGGGGGUGGCGUUGGGGGGGGAGGUGGUGGGGGAGGUGGGGGAGGAGGAGGUGCCGGAGGGAGCGGUGGCGGGAGUGCUCGUGGGAGUGGAGGCAGCGGUGGGGGCGGGGGCGGUGGCGGGAGUGGUGGCAGUGGUGGCGGCGGUGGCAGCGGCGCUGGCAGUGGUGGCGGUGGCGGCGGCGGCGGUGGCGGUCGGAGCGGCGGUAGUGGCGGCGGUGGUGGUCGGAGUGUAGGCCCCAGCUCGGGCCAGACCUCUCAGCAGCAGCAGCGUCCUCAGACGACCCAGCAGCUCCGUGAGUGGCUUGCUCAGCGUGGGACGUCGGGAGGCAGUGGUCGCUGUUCCUAUGUCAUUCGCACAGGUGAACGCAAGGGGCAGAAGUGUGGGAGGUUCCACACCCAGUACCGCUGCUUCUCCCGCCUUGACGACGCCUGGCGUGAGGAGAUGGGCGAGGAGGUUGAGCGCCCCCGCUGGGCUGAUCUGAUGAGGGCUGGUGUUGAUAUCUUUGCUCUUGAUUAUGAUGCUAUUAUUGCUACCAUGUAUGCAUUGACUGUUAGUGCUGAGGGGGACUGUUACUUGUGUGUGCCGCCUGACCCAGGUAUAGAGCCCACUGCCCUAGGUACCAGCGAGUCUGCUCUCUCAGGUACUGUGCCUUCCGAGGCUACUCCCUUCGGUACACCCCCUCCUGCUAGCGAGUCUGCGCUCUCCGGUACUGCGCCCGCUGAGGCCUUGCACACCUUCACGCUUGACUCAGGUGCUUCCCGCUGCUUCUUUCGUGACAGUACUGAGCUCACUCCCCUCCCUGCACCAGUUCCAGUCUCCCUGGCUGACCCCUCCGGGGGUCCAGUUCUUGCACGGUCUACCACUGUGCUUCCCUGUCCGGCGGUUCCGUCUGGCUCGCUGUCGGGUCUCUACCUCCCCUCGUUCUCUACGAACUUGGUGAGCAACGCUGUUAUCCAGGAUCACUGGGUUGACACCUUCACCCCUGGAGGACAGCGUGUGGCGAUCCUCACGUGCUCCAGGACUGGCCGUCACCUGGCUACGUUCACUCGUCAGCCGGGGUCGAGUCUCUACACACUGACCACUGUGUCUCCUCAGGUCGCUGCUGUUGGUCAGGUGUCUGCGUCAGGUCUAGUAGCCCACCCCUGUGAGUGUCGCUCCCUGUCGCACCAGACCCUUCUCUGGCACCACCGCCUGGGUCACCCCUCCUUGCCGCGCCUUCGUGGCAUGCACCGUCGUCACCUUGUGUCCGGUCUUCCCCGGUCUCUCCCUCCCCUCCCUGCCUCGCCUGCGCCGCCUUGCCUUCCUUGCGUCGAGGGGCGGCAGCGCGCCGCUCCUCACUCCUCCUCGUUUCCCCCGACCGAGGCUCCUCUGCAGACCCUCCACUUGGACGUGUGGGGCCCAGCCCGCGUCUGUGGACAGGGCGGUGAGCGGUACUUUCUGCUGGUUGUCGACGACUACUCGCGUUACACCACGGUCUUUCCCUUGCGCACCAAGGGUGAGGUCCCUACUGUUCUGAUCCCUUGGAUCCGCACAGUUCGUCUCCAGCUCCGCCGCCGGUUCAGGACAGAGCUUCCUGUCCUGCAUCUGCACUCUGACAGAGGUGGUGAGUUCUCCUCUGACCUCUUGAGGGCCUUCUGUCAGGCGGAGGGCAUCGAGCAGUCCUUCACGCUUCCGGACUCCCCGCAGCAGAAUGGGGUUGCAGAGCGCCGCAUUGGCCUUGUCAUGGAGGUCGCUCGUACCUCCUUGGUCCAUGCGGUGGCUCCCCAUUUUCUGUGGCCGUUUGCUGUCCGAUACGCUGCGCAUUAG